GAGCUUCAAGAAUACAAGCGUUCUUAUAUGGAAUAUUGGUCGUCCAUGGGAGCUAAGACGGUUUCUGGUCGAGCAAUAGAUGGAGUGAUACUACCUGUGUCGCCACAUGCCGCUAGUCAGAAGGGGACAGAUCGAUACUUUGGAUACACCGCGGUAGCCAAUGCGCUAGACCUUCCAUCUUGCACUUUUCCUGUCACA